AUGUGCCUGAUCGCAGUUACCUGCGCCGAUAAGCUCGGAUAUAACUAUCAGCCUGUUGGACACUCCGGCUCAGGAUUAUCAUUCAAUCCAGGCAGCGGAAGUGGAGCGGGACUUGACAGUGGCUCACUAAGUAGCUAUGAUAGCGGUUCCAAUGGAGGUCUAGGGGGUAUCUCUCUGGGUGGACUAAGUGGCGGCUCAAGUGAUUUCGAUUCCAAUCUUGGCGGUAGUAACAUUGAUGGUGGCAGUAUUGGCAACGAAAACCUUGGUGGUAUCGCCGGUGGUAGCCUCGGUGGUCUGUCUGGAGGUAACCUCGGCGGUCUGUCCGGAGGUAAUUUGGGCGGUCUCGCCGGGGGCAACCUCGGUGGUCUCGGUGGGGGCAACAGCGGUGGCUUGUCUGGCGGUAAUCUCAAUGCUCCCGUCUCAUACAACGCACCUGCCCCAGCUGCUGAAUUACAGAAGGAAUUCUUCACCUACACCGCCAAUGAACAGGACUUUGAUGAGCCACAAGCUUUGGAUAAGGUUUCCAACUCUCUGAACAAGGGUCUGCGUGUUGUCUUCAUCAAGGGGCCUGAAAACCGUGGUCUGGAGAACGCUGCUCUGGCUCUGGCUAAGCAGGCCGCCCAGCAGGAGACCGCCAUCUACGUUCUGAACAAGCAGGCCGACAUCAGCGAUCUGGCCAACAAGCUGAAUGCCAUCCGCAGCAACACCAACAACAAACCCGAAGUGCACUUCGUCAAGUAUCGCACUCCUGAGGAUGCUGCCAAUGCACAGCGUGCCAUUCAAGGACAAUACGAUCAAUUGGGAGGUUCAUCUCAGUCUAUCGAUGGUGGUGUUGCUCCCGCCUUAAAUUUCGCUUCUCGAGGACCAGCUCGUCAGGUGAAUGCUCAGAGCCCUGAUAACUCGUAUCUGCCCUCAUCGGUGUUCCGUCGCUUGUAAAGUGUUCCUACAG